CUCCCUCCCUUCAUCAGGCCAUUCAUCAGGCCAUGGAUAAAACCGGCUGACUGACGGCUUGUGCAUUGCUCGAGUUGUAUUUCCUUCCCAGAUUCAGGCCAUCCUUCACGAGCUCGUUGCUCGUUAAGGACAUGGAAUAGCGAGAUCGGUUGCAUGCUUCGCUGAGUUCCUUAUGCCCUCUUAAUCCUCCAAAUCUAGCAAGCGCACGGCACGGCCAUCUAGCUGCUGCUCUGCAGCAUCUUAGCCGUCACGCUUCUCCGCGCCAUCAGUCGCUAGAAUGGGAUCAGCUCCUUCCACGCUCUCCUCCAAUGAAAACCCGCCAGCUGUCACGACCGCCUCCGCACCGUCGCAUGGGGUAACCGGUUCUGCGAGCGCGGAAUUAGGCGGUCAGCUGUUCGUGUCGCUCCGUCUUGUCGACUCGCUUCCGUCGUCCCCGUUAGAAUCCGCCGCGUUGGAUUCGCCACAGGAGUCGGGGCCGUCGCAGCUCGUUCCGCACGUGGUCGGCGCGCACCCGCUCGUGGGCGCGUGGGACCCGCUCGCCGCUGUGCCGAUGGAGCGGGACUCCCUGUGCGCAUGGCAGCUGAACGUGCUGCUGCCAGCUCAGCACGCCCCUUUGGAGUUCAAGGUGGUGCUCAAGACGGUGGGCGGCAUGAUCAUGCUCGACGACCCCUGCCUCCUGGAACAGGGGCCUCCGCGCCAAAUCAUCGCCGGACACCUGGCAGGCCCUGACUCGUCCCGCCCCGCGCGGUUCCUCCUGGGGGAUUUCGGGAGGAAGGAGGAGGAGGGCGGCGGGGAGGGGGGGAGCAAGUUGGGGGGAAGCAUUGGGGGGAGCGCUGUGGGGGGGAGUGUGGGGGAGGGCACGGGGGAGGUGGAGUUUCCUGUGGAGAUGAGCGCCAAGGCGGUGUCGCCGUUUGUGCUGGCAGCGGCGUGGAAGCUGUACCAUGGGGCCAUCUCGUCCCAUGGCACGCUGGUGCGCGGCAUACCGGACGUGUGCGAGGAUGCCAUGCCCGUGCCCACGCCCGUGCACGUGUCACCUGACAUCCAUCCGCUGCUGUCGGACUCGCUAAAGGACUACGAGGUGCCACCGCCCCCCCACAAGGUCACUCUGUACGCUGCGGACGCCACCGAAGACCCGCGCUCCCUGCGCCAGUCAGCGGACACUGCUCUUUCCGCCUCGCGCUCCCUCUCCGCCGCCAGUCCGGGGGGUUUCAGCGCCGGUGGCGGGCCGGCCAGCGCGCCGCACAGCAUCGGGCACACGCCGCAGCAGUCGCCAUCGCUCAUGAUGCGAUCUGUGGUCUCCAUCAAGGAUCUAGUGCUGCUGGGCGAGGAGGAGCAGACGCGCAUGGACAAUGCUGCACUGGCAGCGCUUGCAGCAGGCGGACACCCGCAUGUAGGGGGCCCAGUGGGGGAGGACGUAUCUGCUGCGGCUGCUGCUGCUGCAGGGCUGGUGCAGGUGCCCAGCCCUGCUGACACCGCCAUGAAACGCGCUCAGGCGCGCAUGCUGCUGCAGCAGCAGCAGCAGCAGCAGCAGCAGCAGCAGGAGGAGGAGGAGGCAGAGGAGGAGGGAUUGAGGCUGGGAGUGGAGGGGGCAGGGCGGCAGGGGUCGGGGAGAAGACUGGGGCUGGAGGACCACGCAGCUGCUGGGCAGGGCGGAGGGCAGCAGGGCGUGGUGGCGGGCACGCCGCCCCCCCACGUGCUGGGCCCGGUGAAGUCCCUGAGUGCACGCAGCUCCGGCAGCAACGGCAGCUGCGGGGGGCUCGCCGACCUGGACCUAGACCAUCCGCGGCUGUCGUUUCCAGAGGACCUACCAGAGGCAGCGGGAGCAGUGGCGGCAGCGGCAGCAGCGGAGCGGCUGCUGGGACCCAAGGAGAGGCGGCGCCUGGCGAUCAUCAUGGUGGGCCUGCCAGCGCGCGGCAAGACGUUCACAGCAGCCAAGCUCACACGGUACCUCAGAUGGCUGGGCCAUGAGACCAAGCACUUCAACGUGGGCAAGUAUCGGCGACUGAAGCUGGGAGCCAGCCAGACGUCUGACUUCUUCAGAGCUGACAACUUCGAAGGCAUAGAGGCUCGCAACGAGGUGGCAGUGGAGGCGUUCACUGACAUGCUUGCGUGGAUGGACGAAGGGGGUCAGGUGGGCGUGUUUGACGCCACCAACAGCACCAGGGCGCGCCGCAACAUGCUGCUGCAACUGGCAGAGCACAAGUGCAAGGUGAUCUUCCUGGAGUGCAUCUGUGACGACGCGUCUGUGAUCGACCGCAAUGCACGUGAGAAGAUCAAGGCGUCCCCGGACUACACCAGCAUGGCCGACGCGGAGACAGCUCUCAACGAUUUCCGAUCGCGACUCGACAACUACCAACAGGUGUACGAGCCAGUGGAGGAGGGUUCGUACAUCAAGCUCAUCAACAUGGUCUCGGGCUCCUCGGGACAGCUGCAGGUGAACAACAUCAGUGGGUACCUCCCUGGACGCAUCGUCUUCUUCCUGCUGAACACGCACAUCACGCCCCGUCCGGUGCUUCUGACGCGGCAUGGGGAGAGUAUGGACAACGUGAGGGGCAGAAUCGGAGGCGACCCGCUCCUCAGUCCAGCGGGGGAGAUCUAUGCAGAGAAGCUGUCAGAGUUUGUGCACAAGCGGCUGCGCAACGAGAGGCUCGCAUCCGUGUGGACCAGCACUCUGCGUCGCACCAUCCGUACCGGGCGCCACAUCGCAGGCUUUCCCAAGGUGCAGUGGAGGGCGCUGGACGAGAUCGAUGCAGGGGUGUGCGAUGGCAUGACGUACCUUGAGAUCCGACAGAGCAUGCCAGACGAAUACCACUCGCGUAAGGCCGACAAGUUGCGCUACCGCUAUCCACGCGGGGAGUCGUACCUGGACGUCAUUCAGAGGUUGGAGCCAGUGAUAAUAGAGCUGGAGAGGCAGAGGCACCCGGUGGUCAUCAUUGCGCAUCAGGCGGUGCUUCGAGCACUGUAUGCGUAUUUCAUGGACAAGCCAUUGAGGGAGGUGCCGCACAUCGAGAUGCCACUACACACCAUCAUCGAGCUCACCACGGGCGUGGGUGGCAUCACUGAGAAGCGCUUCAAGCUCACUUCCGCAUCCACGGCUGCCGCCACAGCCGCUGCAGCUGCCGCUGCUGCCGCCGCUGUGACCUCUCCAGUGGCGUCACACAACAUCAUGUCCCCUACUUAGUUUCGCCUGGCCUGAACUGAGUUGCCCCCCCCCCCCCCAGCCACCGCCUCCCACCCCUGUUCUCGUGCCCUCGCCCCUCCCCGUUGCACGUGAAGCCGUGGCACAGAUAGAUGGGUGUUAAAGCAACCGAUAGAUUUACCACGUUUUGUGUGCAUGGGGGAAAUUGUGCAUGUGAGAUGCAUUUCCUAUGAAUGUUGAUACGCCAUCCUUUCUUGAUAGGACGGAUAAAAUAUGUUAAUGUAGGCGAGCAAUGGAAUGAUCAACAUGGCGGCACAACAAGAGC